UAAUGGCGGCUGCUACAUUCACAGUGCCGGCUUCUUGAGUUGAGGCAAGGCCCAUAGCCAAAGAAGAAAAAUAGAGGAAUACUUGUGGACUGAGAUUGUGUUGAUUCCAGUUAAUUGCAGUUGAUCAGCACAAAGCUAGCCAUCUCAAAAGUUAAUCAAGACCAGCCAUCUCAGCAGUGAGUGCAUGCGAUGGGUAAUACUGAGUCCACUGGCCAGACAAAUUUACAAACACCAACAAUAAAUAAAAGUCUGUACAUGAACGUGACGCCCUGGCCAUCGGUUGCCAUCUACUCCACGUCCACCAGAAACAGGGACAGAAAUCUGGCCAACUGCAGCCCCAGGUCUUUCAGCAGCAACUACUCUAUCAACGAUGAUGCCCCUGGGUCAGCCGCAGCAAGUCUGACUUCCAGAGGGCCUGGGGCUGGUUCUAACGGACAGGUCCACUGGGACAAGGGGUCUCAGAGUGGGCUGCAGCAGGUGGCACCACCACUUAGGUACGGCUCUGUUGCCAACAACUACAGCUCACUAAACGAACUCAACCAUCUACAGUCCUUAGAAAAUGGCCGCCUGACCUCCACUUGCUCUGAGACUAAUGUUGCAUGCAAUGGCCUAGCAUCAUCUUCUCACUGUGGGUUUAACCCCAGAGUUCUGGCUCAGUCCACUCUAUCAGCCUGCAACAACAGAUCAUCUUCUGCAGCUGACCUCCCUCUGUCCAGCAGGAAGUUCCAGACACCAUCAACCAAACCCAAGCCCAGCAACUCUAGCUCGAAAGAAAAUCUUCCAGACUGUAGUGCAACACACAGCCAAGCUCCCAAAAUACUAACACCAGCCUGUGGGAAGUUCCACAACUCUGAGCUAGACUCGCAUGGUUGUGUGCUGCAGAUGGAUUCGUUGCCUUCUUUAGCUAAAACAAUGGAUUACCCAGGUGACUUGCAGGUAAAUUCAGGUCUGGCCAGAACACCGGAGUCAGUUGAGCCUGCAAGUGAUGCCUUCUCGUACUUUGGUUCCAACCAAUUUGGGCUUGAAGCAGCGUCCAGCUACAGCACCAGACAAUCUUUUGACACGGCCCACUUUACGGCUAACUCUGGCACUAGAGAGACCUCCAGCAGCAGCUGUGAGUUCAAUCCUUGCGUCUGCUGUGUUGAAGCAGCAGAUCCCUUCCAUGAGUCGAGAGACUCUCUAGCCUCUGAACAUCUCUCUGCAAGAUGUACGUCUGAGAACUACAACAACAGCAUGGAACACAGCCUUUAUUCAAAUAAAAGCAAUAUUAGCUAUCAACAGAAAAGUUUCGGUAUUUCUUUGUCUUCACAAUGUAACCGAAACGCUGUUGAGUCAAGUGAAGUUGAUGACUCUGGAGGAUUUACAGCAACCAAUGGCAGCAUAGCUCCUGCAUCAUGUGACCCUGCUCUGUAUUCCUUUGGUCCAUUACCUGGGGCACCCCUCUCUUCUGUUGUCUGUAUGCAGUCAUCUCACGCAGCUGACAGCAACUGUUUUGCUGUGUCAUCAGCUGACGUACGCAGCAGCCCUGAUACAAGUUCAGGCUGGAGCAGCGCGUCCAACCCUGUGAGAUUCACCAACCAUCAAAACUUCCUUUGUGACUCCCAGGAUUUGACCACGGAAGAAAAUCUCACCGCCACAGACUGUGCUGCAGCUACUGCUAUUUCUGAGCUGGCUUCCUUAAGCUGCAAAACUUGUGUUUCAUCCUACGCUCAGAGCUUGGGCUGUAAUGAUAGCAAAGGAUAUGAGUCUCGUGGCUUCUGUACUAUGCAAGCAAAUGCUCAUAAUGGUUCAGAAUCUAUUAAGGGCUGGAACCAUAAUAAUCAUAAACAUUCUGGACAUAACAGUGACAAUCUCAAAUCUUCAACUCACAUGCACUUUGAUGUGCCACACCCUGAUCUCAUCAAGGCUUCAAAUUCUUUUAACCAAACUUCAGAUACAGUGUCGUCUGUCAAUACAGAGAACCCUCAGUCAAAGACAGUGUAUCUGCCAUCACAAAAGGUAUCAAAGACAGUGUACGUGCCACCACAUAAUGUAUCAAAGACAGAGUAUGUGCUGCCACAAAAUGUAUCAAAAACAGAGUACGUUUCGCUACACAAGUUAUUUACUCAUAGAUCGUAUGACUCCAGUCAAUCAGCCCAACAUCGCAGUGAUACCUCCCACAAAAGGAGCUCUUCAGAAAGUGAAAGCAGCAACCCAAAACACAUCAACAUUGGGCAUGAGUGUUCUCUCUCAGACGCGUGUAGACCUUUCCAGCAGGCAGCCCAGGGUGGCUCUGGGAGACUGGUGGUGGCAGAACUAGAGGGAGAUGACCAAACACAGGAGACAGGGGGAGCCAGCAGGUUGGAUCACCCGACUAGGCAAGAAACCAAGAGAGAACCAGGCAAAGAUUUGCCUUUUUCAGAACACAAGGCACAAGAAAAUUCAAAUGCCGAUGAAAAGAAACGACUGGUACAGGAAGUAGUCCCCACCCCCAGGAGACAGGAAAUGGUCAAGUUUGAUCAACCAGCCAAUGACAUGCUUUCAAUUUUUGAUGGAAUCAAUGGCAAGAAAAAGAACUAUGUAGCUUAUUUAUGCUGUGCUGCGAAGGACCUCGAGACUUUCGGCAUAUCCUUCCACCGUAUGAUUGAGGACUGGGGCUUCCAGAUCUUUCUUGCACCCAGAGACCUGGUCCUGACUGGCCCAAAUUUUGAUAACAUGUCCAGGGUUCUAGAAGAAAGGUGCAAUGGUAAAAUUAUUGUCAUCUUAUCUGAGAACUACGCCUCAUCUGAUGAAUGCAUGUUUUUAACUUCAUUUGCCAGAGUCUUGGAUCCAGAUUCCAAAAAGAGGAACAUCAUCCCUGUUCAGAUAGACAAGGAAAUAAGAAACUUCCCCAAUGUGCUGAAAGGUCUCUCCAUCAUUAGAUACAAUCACGACUAUAAGUGUGGUUGGCUAAAGAAUAAAUUGGUGGAGGCUAUAGCUGCUUAAAGGACUCAAAUACACAGAGGACUUUGUCCUGAAGUCACAGAGAGGACUUCCAGACAGGACAUUAUUUAAAUCAGAGAGAGGACCUCAUUAGGACUUAACACAGAGUACUCCUUUUGCCCCUGUGUUAUGCUGUACAGAGUUCCACACAUUGUAUACAUGAAGUGGGAGAAUUUAUUGUUCCACACAGUUUAGACAGGAGAGUGGGAGAAUUUAUUUAGCAAAAAUUGCCUUUUAUCUAUUCAGUAUACAAAAUAACAAAUUAGUUCUAUUCUUCUUAUUGCUGUAAUAUUAGUUCUGGUAUCUGUCAACUUGUUGACUCCAUUAGCCAAUCAACAAGUUGCCAAUGUUAGCCAGUCAACUAGUUGACCCCAUUAGCCAAUCAACUAGUUGACCCCAUUAGCCAAUCAACUAGUUGACCCCAUUAGCCAAUCAACUAGUUGACAAUGUUAGCCAAUCAUCUAGUUGACAAUGUUAGCCAAUCAUCUAGUUGACAAUGUUAGCCAGUUAACUAGUUGACCCAAUUAGCCAAUCAUCUAGUUGACCCCAUUAGCCAAUCAUCUAGUUAACUAUACAAGCCAAUAUAUUUUUUAUCUCCACAAGUGUUUACUUUCACUGCUUCUUGAACUGAAACAAUUUUAAUUCAGUAAACAGAUGUAUUUUUAUAUUAUCUAUCCGGCAAGCAGCAUAAUUUUCUUACCAUGCAAAUCAUCAUUUUUCCCAUUUCCUGAAUUAACAAACAUUUCCACUGUUGCUGUUUUGUGAGGGUUUUUUGUAUGCUUUGUUUUUAAAUACAGAAGUAUAAUGCCUAUUUAUUUAACAUGUUUUGUUUAUUAUUUUGUUUAUUCCUUAAGAUUCAAUUAGUAGUUUUCUGUUGUUUUGUUGUGCCAAAAUCUUUUUAUAAUUAUCAAACUGUAGAGAACUUUAAUUAGGCUUGUUUAGGUCACUAAUUUUAAAGUUUAUGUAUACCAAGAAUUUUUUUAAAAUAUUUAUUUUUCUUGAACUGAGCAUAAAAUAUCUAUGUUUAAGACUAAAUAUUUAAACUUGGAUAUUCAUGGUACUUGGUAUUCCCUAGUAAAUUAAUAUUUUUUUCAAUCUGGUUCAAAUCUUAGUAGGUCUAUCCAUAAUGGUAUUGAUUCCAUUACUCCUUAAAAUAACAAAUAUGUUUUAGUUUUUCUUCUUUCUAAUGUUUACUGAGUUUACAAUCAGAGCUUGACCUAAAUUAAAAAUGCUCUCUAUGCAUCAGUAAUGCUUUAUGUACCCAACUACUUUUCUGAUCUGCAAAUGAUUUACAGUAAGAACUGUAAAGUUGUGUACCAUUUAAUAAUGCUUGUGUGCCUUGAACUAAGGGAAGCAAUCAACAACUUCUUUAUAGCAAAGUGAUCUCGAAUUCUUCCAUUUACAGCUUGUACUCAUUUGAUUUUAAAAUGUUAUGGAUCUUGACGAUCACAACAUAUCAUUAUGUGUUUUCAAUGGUAAAUUACUUUUCAAGACAUACAAAAAUUAUGCAUUUUUUUCGUUCUAAGAAAAUUAUCAUGCAAAUCACAAUUUGAACCAUGAAAUUGUACAUUCAAGAACAUUAAAUAUAUGUGU